AAUUCAAUCUUUUAUAUAUACAUCUAGUCUUAUAGUAAAUUUUGUAAUAGUGCAUGAUCGUAAAGUAGGUACUUGUACACAUAUAUAAGUAGCAUAUAGCAGAAACACGUGUGCAGCGAGUUUGUUUGGGCACUCGCCGAACGUAACCUCAAUGCAGUUUAGCGUGAGGACGACUUGAAAACGAAAUUUGGUGUCGCGAUGGGUUUGAAAACAAUAACCGGGGUUCACUGGACGAACCUCGAGCUUGAGGGUCUAAUCGAGGAUGAGGACUCGUGCGUCUACCUGGAGAAGGUUCAAAAACACCUGGGGCUCCAUCCCUUCCACUUGACGGAUUUGAACGCGGCUCUCCGCGAAAUCCUCAAUUCUAACUUGUUUUGUUACGAUGCAGAAUUAAAUGGUUUAAUGUUAGCGUACCGUAAUCCAAAGCUUCUCUCUUCUCUGGGUGAUAUAAUGUAUGAUACGUGCUUUGUACACAUAGAUGUUGAGGCAGAUUUUUAUAUAUUUAGGCCAGAAGUUGGUCGAAGCCUCAAAGGUUUUGUAAAUAAAAAGGGUACAAAUCAUGUAGGUAUUUUAUUGCACAAAGCUUUCAAUGUGUCUGUCCCUAAGCCAGAUGACGAAGAAGAUUGGCCAGGUGAUAAAGUUAAGGUUGGUCAAGAGGUGAAAUUUACUCCUGAAGAAAUCGACUACAAAACAAGACUUCCAUACAUUCGUGGCUUACUGCGUGAAGAGGAUUACUUGAAUGGUUGUAGACUCUUUGAUGAACAAAUCGCGGCUACAUUCGAGUCUGAGUUUCAAGAAAUUACAAGGGGAAACAGUUCAGAUUUCAAAAAGAAGAUCACUUUUAAAACUGAAAAUAAACGGGUCGUUUUUGACAGCGAUUCUGAAGUAGAGGUGAAUCCCGAAGAUGACACGGAAACGAAACCUUCUCUCAAAAAGUUGAAAAUUCAACCUGACGAUAUAGAAGCACCAAACAAAACUCCAACGAAGAAACGAAAAAGAAAAAGUACAUUGACCUCUGAAUCGGAUUCAGAACUUACACAGCAAAACAAUACUGAUUUGGAGUCUCCAAAAAAUCCUUCCAAGAAACAGAAAAAGAAUGCAGUGAUAAAUAAACAAUCACCUAAUGACACAGACGAUGAAAGACCAAGAAAACCGUCAGUUAGUGAAUUAACACAAAGAAAGAUUUUCGACGAUUCUAGUGAAGCAGAAAGCAUAGCACCCAGCAGCCCAGUAAAGAAACACAAGAAAUCUAAAAAGAACAAAGUUGAUGAGUCUGAAGAUGAGAGAAAUAAAAAAUCUGUACUAAAAAAUUUAGUCAGUCCAGCUCUUGACAGCUCUGUGGAGCAAAUUGAGGAGGAUUCAAUAAAAAAAUCGAAAAAGCGAAAGAAGAUAUUGGUAGAAUGUUUGGAUACAGAAGACGAAAGAGAAUACAAGUCAACCAUUGACAAAUCUUUGAUAGCCAAUAAUUCCGAAGCAAUAUUUGAGGUACCUCAAGAUGUGCCGAAAAAAAGGAAGAAGAAGAAGUCGACAAUCGAGACCAGUGACCAUUUGAAAAAGAUUUCCGCGUACGAGGUGGUAGACACUGAGGACGAAAAGGGGUACAAAUCUAUCUUAAAACCGUUGAUUGAGAGUGUAGAGCAGAGUAAUCAAGGAGACGACUCAGAAUUGAAAGUACCGAAGAAGAAAAAACAUAAAAAGAAGCGCACGUCUUCUUCAUCCGAAGCGGAGCUUUCGUUCGACCCAUCAACCGUUACAGUCAAAAAUGAGCCAGAGAGCGAAACCGAGGAGGUACGCGAUAUGAGGAGAAAGCUUAAAAAGGCAAAGAAGGAGGCUGCCCUCGAAAACGGAGAUAAUUCCGAACCAAGCGACCAAGAAACCAAAGAAUUCUUAAAAGGGAGGCUUGAAAAAUCGUCGGAGGAACAUAGCGACGCUGAAGUUUCGCCAAAGAAAGUAAAAAAGUCGAAACUCUCGCAGGAAAGUAAUGUUGACAGUGAUAGCGGUGUAGAAAGAGGGAAACCUACUGUAAAGUCAGAGGAGGAGCAGGAAAAAAAGAGGAAGUUAAAGAAAGAGAAGCACAAUAACGAGAGCAGUAAAUGAUAAAAAUGAUUUAUUUUAUUAUCUUUUUUUCAAUAUAGAGAUGAAACAAACUUUCUCUUUCUCAACGCUAUAUCUCUUAUGUACAUACAGACUAAAAUCUAUUCUUAGUGGCCGACAGUAUUUUUUACUUACUGUUCCGAGCUCUUUAGUUAAUCGGCGUUUUAGAGAUUUUAACGGUAAAAAAUCAAUUUAAUAAUGUGUUCAAUAACACAAACUUCUCUACACCUGUGAGGUUGCAUGAAAGGGGAUUUGUAAUCAAAAUACAUUAUACAUAUUUUUGAUUUACAAUUUCCGAACAUUCGUGCAAUAUCAUAUUUGUACAGAUUCCGUGACGACGAUGUAAAACCAAUGUACAUGUACUAAAUAUAUUUUUUUCUUACUACGUAAAGAAUGUUUAUAGUGUAUAAUGUUAUAUGCUGAAAUUGUAAGCAUAUAAUUUCAUGUUGGAUUAUAAAGAAUUUAUACGAA